AGGUCCUGGAGGUUGUACAUUUAUUAGUAUGGUAGAAACAGUUGCCGUAUUAGUUCUAUAUCUCUAAGUGAAUAGUGCAAGUGUGUUAUUGAUCUCGUUUACAUUUCAUAAAAAUAAUAAUAACAGUAUAAAGUUAAACGUUAAGGUGAUUUAUUUUUAUUAUUUAUAAAACUUUACCGUCAUGGGCUUCGACGAAGUCACUCCAUCUUCGCCCGCUGUUCAAGUAACCGUCAAAGAUGAUUGCAAAUCACUCAUUUUGUCCAAUGAACAACUGACCACAUUGAUGAAAGAUCUGGAUAAAUCCAUCAGGGAUGGUUUGAACAAAAAAACCAAUGCAUCUUCUACUGUCAAGUGUUAUGUCACUUAUGUACAGGAUUUACCCAAUGGGACAGAAAGAGGUAAAUUCUUGGCUUUGGACUUGGGCGGUACUAACUUCCGUAUUUUAUUGAUUGAAUUGGGAGAUAAAAACUAUUUCCAUAUGGAUUUUGAAACCUUCAAAGUUCCCAGCCAAAUCCAAACUGGCAAAGGCACAGAAUUAUUUGAUCAUAUUGCUAAAUGUCUGGCAGAAUUUGUAAAUAAGUAUAACUUGGACAACAAAAAGGCUUUACCGUUGGGCUUUACUUUUAGUUUUCCACUUAGACAAGUUGGACUUACAAAAGGGUUUCUAAAUAGCUGGACUAAAGGAUUUAAUUGUUCGGGAGUGGUUGGCAAAGACGUUGUCAAGCUUCUUAAGAAUGCCAUCAAGAAGAGAAAGGACGUAAAGAUUGACGUGUGUGGAAUAUUGAACGAUACAACUGGUACACUCAUGUCGUGCGCUUGGAAGACUCCGAACACCAAAAUUGGACUAAUAGUUGGAACUGGCUGUAACGCAUGUUACGUUGAAAAAGUGGAGAACGUUGAACUUUUCGAUGGUGACAAGAUUAAACCGCACGUGAUUGUAAACACCGAGUGGGGCGCAUUCGGAGAUGACGGAAAAUUAGAUGCCAUUCGUACGAAGUACGAUCAGGAAAUAGACCAGGACUCAUUGAAUCCAAGAAAACAGAGAUUCGAGAAAAUGAUAAGUGGCAUGUACAUGGGUGAGAUUGUGAGACUGGCUAUCGUGGACUUGGCAAAUCAAAACAAACUCUUUGAGGGAAGACUAUCCGAACAAAUGAAGACCAAAGGAGCAUUUGUCACAUCAUUUGUAUCACAAAUUGAAAGCGAUACUGUCGACUACAAAAAUACACAGAAAAUUCUAAGCGAGAUGGGCAUCAACGACUCGUCAAUGGUCGAUUGUGUAAAUGUACGGUACAUUUGUGAGUGCGUGUCGAGUCGUUCGGCGCAUUUGGUGUCUGCAGGUCUUUCGGUAUUGUUAAAUAAAAUGGAUGAAAAAUCUAUCACAAUUGGCGUCGACGGUUCUGUUUACCGCUUCCAUCCGUACUUCCAUAAACUCAUACUGGAAAAAACUAGACAACUGACUAAAGCCGACAUCAAUUUUGACUUGAUGUUGUCUGACGAUGGAAGUGGUCGUGGAGCCGCUCUCGUUGCUGCUGUAGCUGUCAGAGAUGAAUUACCUUUAGUAAAAAAUGAAGAAAUAGCAAAAUAAUUAGUGGUACUCAAUUAGUAAAUUGCAGUUGUUACCAAAAAUAAUGGUUUUUAAUUUUUUUCUUUUACAUUUUUAAAAAUUUGAUUAGUUUUAAGUAAUGGUGGUGAGUAUAUUUUAUGAUGAUGGCAUAUUUCACAAUUUACAACAUUACAAAAUUGUAUGUUUGUUAUUGUUAAGUAAGGAAAUAGCAUAAUAUGAUGCAAAUGAUGUUAUUUGAUUUUAGAUUUUAAUAUAAAAUAAGCAAACAAUUAUUGUUAUAAGCAUUCAUCAGUUUUUAAUUGUGCCAUAAUAAAACUAUAAUGUUUAUAAUAUUAUUGUAGAUUUAGAGCAAUAAGAUAUUGGAUAAUAAAAUUUUAAUAAAGUACAAUUAUAUGGGU